AUGUCAGCGAUGAGUUACGGACUGAAGUCAUGCCAGAAAGGGAAACUUCACCCUGAAAUGUGGGAAAUAUUUGAGAAUAGAAAGCUUUGGGAAGCACGAUAUGUCCAUCCGGGAUAUCACAGGUUGCUCAACCCGGAAACAGAGAUUGAACAGGCCUGUACGGAUGUCUAUGAUUACCCACUGGUAUCUGAAAGGUUUUGUAAAGAAAUGAUCGAAGAAAUGGAGCACUUCGGCCAUUGGAGUGACGGGUCCAAUAAGGAUGAUCGCCUUGCUGGCGGCUAUGAGAACGUCCCCACUAGGGACAUCCACAUGAGACAAAUCGAUUAUGCAAGGCAUUGGUUGUACUUCUUGGAUGAGUACGUGAGACCUAUUCAAGAGAAAGUCUUUACUGGAUAUUUCCAUCAGCCUGUCGAAGCGACAAUGAUGUUCGUAGUGCGGUAUCGUCCAGAUGAACAGCCGUCACUCAGACCUCACCACGACGCCAGCACUUUCAGCAUCGAUAUCGCCCUCAAUAAGAAAGGAGUGGACUACGAGGGUGGUGGCGUGAAGUACCCUCGAUACAACUGUAUAGUACCAGCUGAUCAAGUCGGCUGGGCGAUGAUGUUCCCGGGUCGACUGACGCAUCUGCACGAAGGUCUUCCAACUACCAAAGGAACACGAUAUAUCCUCGUAUCUUUCGUGAAUCCCUAA